CAGCCCUAAAGCAAGGCGUAUUAAACUGGGACGAAGAGAAAUAUUUCAAGGUCAAAAUAUGUGUCGUUUUCGUGUUGCGCCACACUUGUAAACAGGACACAGGAUUGUAGCAUUGCCGCUGCCGCUUUUCUUAAUCUUUGAUGCGCCAAAUAUAGCACGUGUAUGGAAUCCUAGAAGGAACAUUGUCCGUUGAUAUAUUGUCGCCCUUUCAAAAUCAAGUAAAAAUUGUCAAAAUUACCCAAAGCGCGAAACUUUGACCACAUUUUAACCCUUUGAAUAAUAUUUUUAAUUCGACAGUGCGACAACGCGACAAUGUCCCUUCUCGGGUUCCAUAUACAUUUCCUAUGUUUAGCGUAAGCGACAAUAACAGGUCAGUUUUCUGUGGAGAUCACAGCCUAGAUAGUUAGCUCCAGCUCUGCUGACGUCACAUGAGCGUUUUCUAUAAGGUUGCGUGAGCGACAAGAGAAGUCAGUUUUCAGUGGGUGGAGAUCACAAACGACAGCCAGUAUGGUUAGCUCCAGCUCUGCUGCAAUAUUUGCUGCCAUAGCAUCACUGACGGGACUGUUGAUGUUUAAUACAUCUCUGAUACUGGUGUUCAUCAAUGUAGCACUUAUUCUAUGGCUGUCAACGCGGCGUCCUCCUGGUCUUCCCCCUGGUCCCCCUCUUCUUCCGUUCGUGGGCAACGCCUUGUCCAUUGGUGCCGACAUCAGGGUAACAUUCAACAAACUGCGGCGUCAGUAUGGAAACAUCUUCAGCGUGUACAUCUUCAAUCAGCCAGUCAUUGUCCUCAGUGGAUACAGUGCCAUUAAGGAGGCCCUCGUCAAGAAUGGUGACGUUUUCUCUGAAAGACCAAAAUCGUUUCUAACAGAUUUUUUCGCUCAAGGCAAAGGGGUAGGAGGGACCAAUGGCACCCACUGGAAAGAACAAAGAAGAUUUGCAUUAACAACACUUAGAGACUUUGGAAUGGGGAAGUCCCUUCUGGAGUCCAAAAUACAAGAUGAGUUGUCGGUCUUCCUGAAAGCACUCGAGCAAAAAGGUGGACAUGUUUUCGACUGCAAACGACUCGUGCACAACGCCGUGGCUAAUAUCAUCUGUGCUGUGUGUUUGGGGAAGCAGUUUGAGUAUGAUGAUCCACGGUUUGUCAAAUUCUUAAAGGCUACAGAGAAAAUUUUGGAGCUACUCGGGGGAGCAAACACAUUGAACUUAUAUCCAAUUGUAAGGUUCAUCCCUGGCGAUUUUUUCAAUUUUAAAACUCUUAUGCAGAGUAUGGAAACAAUUGAUAAAGGUGAAAUUGAAAAGGAUGUUGAAGAGCAUAUAAACAGCUACGACGAAGACAAUGUGGACGAUUUCAUCACAGCUUACAUCAAGGAAAUGAAACUUCGUGGAAGCGACGACACGUUUGAUAGAGGUCACCUAGAGAAAACUGUCAGAGAUUUAUUCAUAGCCGGAACUGAGACCACUGCCACCACCAUCCGCUGGACUCUCCUUUACUUCCUCCACAACCCCGACGUUCAGGACAAGUGUUUCAGGGAGAUACAGGACAACAUUGGGCAAAGCAGACUUCCCACCAUGAAGGACAAGACCAGUCUUCCCUACGUCGAAGCCACCAUCAGUGAGAUACAGAGAUGCUCAGACAUAGCUCCACUUGCAGUUCCUCACUCUGUACCCUACGACAUCCAGUUUCAGGGCUACACGUUUCCCAAGGGCGUGACUGUCCUGCCAAAUUUGGACUCGGUUCUACAAGAUCCAGCCGUGUGGGGUGAUCCUCAAAACUUCAGACCCGAACGAUUCCUAGAUGGUGAAGGGAAGUACCUGAAGAAAGAAGAAUUCAUCCCCUUCUCUAUGGGUCGCAGAGUGUGUCUCGGGGAAUCUCUGGCCCGGAUGGAAUUGUUCCUGUUCUUGGUUGCCAUGAUACAGAGGUUCCAGUUUCUCCCAGACAAGGGACCGUUGACUCCCUUGAAAGGAAAAUUGGGUAUUACUUAUAGUGCUCCCAACUUUUCGAUUCGGGCCGUACCAAGGAACAAAUGUGAAUAAAAAAGUUCAAUGUCA